CACCACUCCAAAAAAAUAGCUUCAAUUCAAUCUCCUCUCCUCUCCCCCCAUCCCUCUCAUUACACACAAUGGCUGCCGUCACCGCUCCCCAGGAUGCCCCCAAGCAGGGCCUCGCCCUCUACAGCCGCUUCGCCUUCGCUGGUGCUGUGUGCUGCAGUGUCACCCACGGCGCCGUCACUCCUCUUGAUGUCGUCAAGACCCGUAUCCAGCUCGACCCUGCCACCUACAACCGUGGUAUGAUCGGUGGUUUCCGCCAGGUCAUCCAGAACGAGGGUGCUGGCGCUCUUCUCACUGGUCUCGGCCCUACCGCCGCUGGUUACUUCCUCCAGGGUGCCUUCAAGUUCGGUGGUUACGAGUUCUUCAAGCAGCAGGCUAUCAACCAGCUCGGCCUUGAGACCGCCACCAACAACCGUACCGCUGUCUACCUUGCCUCCUCCGCCUGCGCUGAGUUCAUGGCCGACAUUGCCCUCUGCCCUCUCGAGGCCACCCGUAUCCGUCUCGUCUCCCAGCCUUCCUUCGCCAACGGUCUGUUCGGUGGUUUCAGCCGUAUCAUGAAGGAGGAGGGUAUCGCCGGCUUCUACUCUGGAUUUGGACCCAUCCUGUUCAAGCAGGUCCCCUACACCAUGGCCAAGUUCGUCGUCUUCGAGAAGGUUUCCGAGGCCAUCUAUGCUUCCGUUGACAAGAACAACAUCUCCGACGGUGCCAAGACUGGUAUCAACUUGGGCUCCGGUCUGAUUGCUGGUCUCGCCGCCGCCAUUGUCUCCCAGCCCGCCGACACCAUGCUCUCCAAGAUCAACAAGACCCCCGGUGCUCCCGGCGAGGGCACUGUCUCUCGUCUGAUCAAGAUCGGAAAGGAGCUCGGCCUCCGUGGCUCUUACUCCGGUAUCGGUGCUCGUCUCUUCAUGGUCGGUUCCCUUACCGCCGGUCAGUUCGCCAUCUACGGUGACAUCAAGCGUGUCCUUGGUGCCACUGGCGGUGUUGAGAUCGGCAAAUAAAUUAUUCGAGUUGUAGAAUGAGGAGGAUCAUAGAGACUACCCUUAGAUUUUUUUUCACGUUUCCCCCUUGUCCAUCCCCAACGUCACGAUGUACAAUACUUUGUCUCAGUUUUCCUUCAAAAACAUGCUCGGUUUCCUUUGUCUCAA